CACCUGGCAGCCGGGCCCCUCUACAGUGCAGGUCCCAGGGACUGGGGCCCCUUGCGGCCAGCAGGGACCCGGAGCACCCCGGCCAUGCACCCCGGAGCCCCCGCAGGCCCUGGGGUCUCAGAGCCCGGCCCCCUCGAGCUGUGUGCCUUCGUGAGUGGGGCGGCUGCACACAUGCUGCGGGCCCUGCAGCCCCGACGUUCCCGGACCUCCAAGAGAAGGCCCAACCACCGGAGAUUCCUGCACAACCAGAUCUGCAGGCAGUUCAGCAAGAUUGAGGCCGCCACCCAGCGUCUGGCCCUGUCCAUCCUCUGCCAGGAGGCGCCUGCCCAGAGACCACCACCCCGAAGACCGCCCUCACCCUCUCCGUCCCCCUUCCUGGGGGUGGCCUGUGCCGCGGCCCCCGCGGAGCUGCCCCACGCUAGGCUCGGCCUGAGCCUGGCUGCCCUGGACGCCUCCCCGCUCGACUUGUUUGAUGAUAUCGUGCUCCCCGCUGAGGGUCCCCCGGUUUCCUGGGACCCCCUGACCGCGGAGCCCAUCCAGCCGGCUCCCAACCUGACCCGGGCCGAGCCCCUUGCGCCCCGCGCCCCGGAGGGAGGCGCCGAGACCAGCGCUGUGCCCUGGGGCUGGCCUGAAGGGCCUGCCUGUCGUCGUUCCUGCUCCGAAAACAGCCUCUUCAGCCUUGGAGGGCGCCUCCCUCUGUCUCUGGCCCCAAGAGUAACCGCUGUCUGGACCUCUGUCGCCCCAUACUGGUUUGGCUGGGCUCUGACCUUGGAAAUGGCAGCAGCCAGGUUGGGCCGCAUCCUGCCGGGCUCGUCCAUCCUGUUCCUGUGUGACAUGCAGGAGAAAUUCCGCCGCAGCAUCGUGUAUUUCCCAGAGAUCGUUUCUGUGGCCGCACGGAUGCUCAGGGUGGCCCAGCUGCUGGAGGUCCCCACCGUGCUGACCGAGCAGUACCCCCAAGGCCUGGGUCCCACUGUGCCAGAACUGGGUGCCAAGGGCCUCCAGGCCCUUAGCAAGACCUGCUUCAGCAUGGUGCCUGCUGUGCGGCAGGAGCUGGACAGCCGGCCCCAGCUGCAGUCCGUGCUGCUCUGUGGCAUUGAGGCGCAGGCCUGCAUCCUGCACACAGCGCUUGAUCUGCUGGACAGGGGGCUGCAGGUCCAUGUGGUGGUGGAUGCCUGCUCCUCUCGAAGCCAGGUGGACCGGCUGGUGGCACUGGCCCGCAUGCGGCAGAGUGGGGCCUUCCUCUCCACCAGCGAGGGGCUCAUCUUGCAACUCGUGAGCGACGCUGCCCAUCCCCAGUUCAAGAAGAUCCAGGACAUCAUUAAAGAGCCCGCCCCGGACAGCGGGCUGCUGGGCCUUUUCCAAGGCCAGAACCCCCUUCUUUGAUUCACGCGGAACUCUGACUUGAGGAGAGCCCACUCUUCUAGUCACCAUAACCUAGGCGGAAGCACUCCCCCUCCCAUCCCUGGAUCCCAAGAGUGGUGCGGUCCAUCUGGAGUACCGCCCCCUCAGGGGAGGGAGGCGGGGUUCUGUCUUCUCACUGGGUAGCGGCUCCAGGAAAUGCAAAUGAGACUCCCGGGCUUGGUGGGAAUUGGCUGAGAGCGAGGUGGAGGUGGGGCUCUGCCCUGGGCCACUUCACGCGGCAGGGAGGAGAGGGGGACGUGUCACUGAUUGUGGGACCCGCGCUUGCGGAAUAAACAUUGAUGUGACUCUGGA